AUGACGAAAGAACAGCAGAACGAAUUUAUAAAAUAUGUGAUGUUAGUUGAUGGUUGGACAAAAGAAAUUCCAUUGACGUUCUUAUUAGGUUUUUAUGUUGCAAUGAUUGUGAGGAGGUGGUGGGACUGUUGUCAAUUGAUCAGUUGGCCUGAUCAUCUGUUAUACAAUGUUUCAGCUCUUAUUCGAGGCCAAGACCCCGAGACUCGAAUAAUUCGAAAAACAAUAGCUAGAUAUGCAAUUCUAACAUCAGUUCUCGCAUGGAGGAGUAUAUCACUUCGAGUACUCGCAAGAUAUCCAACAGAUGAUCAUUUAGUGGAUUCUGGAUUGAUGACAAAAGAGGAAAUGGUCAUGUUCAAAUCAAUUCUUGUUCAUGUUGAUCCACAUCAGAAAUGGUGGGUUCCACUGAAUUGGAUCCAAACAAUGAUGGUUCGAUGCUUCGAAAAAGGAACAUUAACUCACACGAACGAACUUCGAGUGCUUCUGGAUGCAUUGGAAAAGUAUCGAAACGGUUUUUUUCAGUUGUUCAUUUACGAUUGGAUUGCUAUUCCGCUUGUGUAUACACAGGUAUCGACAAUAUCUGUUUACGGAUACUUCUUGUUUGCACUCAUCGGAAGACAAUAUCCAAGCAAAAACGAGAAUGAGGAAAUCGUCGAUGUAUACGUGCCCAUUUUCACGAUUCUUCAAUUCCUUUUCUACGUGGGAUGGCUGAAAGUGGGAGAAGAUCUGAUGUUUCCAUUUGGAGCUGAUGACGAAGAUUUUGAAUUUAAUUAUAUUUUGGAGAGAAAUCUUGAAGUUUCGAUGCUUAUUGUGGAUGAUUUACACAAUCAAGUACCGCCUGUUUAUGUGGAAAGUUUGGAUGAUGAGAUUCAUUUAUUACAUACAAGUGCAUCUUCAAAACUAUCAAAUCAUCCACAACGACAACAUCUUCGAAAAUUAAAGUUCAAUGUGGAUGCAAUGCAAGUGCAAGCUGUUCCGGGAAAUCAUCUAAACGAACGGGAAGUUUCUGUAUCCACAACUUCGAAACUUUCAUUUGCCGAUUUAGAAAAUCUGGCCAACGGACCGAAAAAUUUGCCAAAGUUUUGA